UUGAUCUUUUUCGUCCAAUGGUUCAGUCAGCAGCAAAAUUUAAUUCAUGCUGGUGAAUUGACGGGUUAAGAUUUAAUGUCAUACCAAUCGACGUGAAACAUUAUUGUCAAAGAUAGUAAACAAUAAAUAAUAAAUCAUGUCAUCAAUGCGCAUGAAAGCGGCGAAAUGUCCUUCAGACGAGUUGGCCAUAACCAACUGUGCACUGAUCAACCCAGAGGAUUUUCCCAGCGAUACAAAGCAUAUCGAAGUGGCUACAGGUCCCACACAGCAUUUUGUGUUCAGUAUCCGGUUCUACAGUGGGGUAGACAGAGGCACUGUGGGGUUUUCAGCUCCUCAACGAAAAUGGGCAACACUUUCUAUUGGUCAGAUAAUUGAUGUUAAAGUCUUCAAGCCCCAGAAUGCAGAAUGCCUGUGCAAUGUGACCUUGGAGGCAGAUUUUCUGGUAAAGAAAACUACAACCCUGGAUCCGUACGACACAGAGCAGAUGGCACGGGAAUUCCUGCUACAGUUCGCUCACCAGGUCUUCACUGUGGGCCAACAGCUGGCCUUCUCGUUCCAGGACAAGAAGAUCCUAUCGCUCAUUGUCAAGAAUUUGGAAGCGGUGGAUGUACAGGCUAUGGCCCAAGGAGCCAAGGUUGUUCCCCGUCGAGUUCGUAUGGGCCGUCUGCUGCCCGAUGCAAGUGUACAGUUCGACAAGGCAGAAAACUCCUCCCUGAAUCUAGUUGGCAAGGCUAAGGGCAAACAGCCUCGGCAAUCCAUCAUAAAUCCAGACUGGGACUUCGGCAAAAUGGGCAUUGGUGGUUUGGACAAGGAAUUCAAUGCGAUCUUCAGACGAGCGUUCGCUUCCCGAGUGUUCCCGCCAGAGGUCGUUGAGCAAUUAGGAUGUAAACACGUAAAGGGUAUCCUGUUGUUUGGCCCGCCCGGUACCGGUAAGACUUUGAUGGCGCGACAGAUCGGAAACAUGUUGAAUGCGCGUGAACCAAAGAUCGUCAACGGUCCACAAAUAUUGGACAAAUAUGUUGGUGAGAGUGAGGCCAACAUUCGAAGGCUGUUUGCUGAUGCUGAAGAGGAAGAAAAGAGGUGCGGCCCAAAUAGUGGACUUCAUAUCAUCAUAUUCGAUGAAAUCGAUGCGAUCUGCAAAGCCCGAGGCUCUGUGGGCGGCAAUACAGGCGUCCAUGACACCGUCGUCAACCAACUUCUGUCCAAGAUUGAUGGUGUGGACCAACUGAACAACAUUCUCGUGAUCGGCAUGACGAACAGGCGCGACAUGAUUGACGAGGCGCUGCUGCGGCCGGGCCGCUUGGAGGUGCAGAUGGAAAUCGGGCUGCCGGACGAGAACGGACGGGUUCAAAUCCUGAAUAUACACACUAAGAGGAUGAGAGAGUAUAAGAAGAUUGCUGAAGAUGUUGACGCCAAGGAACUGGCAGCUCUAACGAAGAAUUUCUCCGGCGCCGAACUAGAGGGCCUGGUUCGCGCCGCCCAGUCCACAGCCAUGAACAGACUGAUCAAAGCCAGCAGCAAGGUGGAGGUGGACCCUGAGGCCAUGGAGAAGCUGAUGGUGGAACGAGGGGACUUCUUGCAUGCGCUGGAGAAUGAUAUCAAACCUGCCUUCGGUACGGCAGCGGAAGCAUUGGAACACUUCUUGGCCCGCGGCAUCAUCAACUGGGGCACACCAGUGUCUUCUAUACUCGAAGAUGGGCAGCUUUACAUACAGCAGUCGAGGGCCACUGAGGCUAGCGGUCUAGUGGCAGUCCUUCUAGAAGGCCCCCCCAACAGCGGUAAGACAGCUUUGGCGGCUCAAUUGGCCAAGCUGUCAGACUUCCCGUUCGUGAAGGUCUGCUCGCCGGAAGACAUGAUCGGGUUCACGGAGUCGGCCAAAUGCUUGCAGAUCAGAAAGUACUUCGACGACGCCUACCGCUCCAUGUUAUCGUGCAUCCUGGUGGACAACAUCGAGCGGCUGCUGGACUACGGCCCCAUCGGGCCGCGCUACUCCAACCUGACGCUGCAGGCGCUGCUCGUGCUGCUGAAGAAGCAGCCGCCCAAGGGCAGGAAACUGCUCAUACUGUGCACCAGCAGUCGGAGGCAAGUGUUAGAAGACAUGGAGGUCCUGUCAGCUUUCACGGGCAUCCUUCACGUGCCAAAUCUGUCUCAGCCUGAACACGUCAUGUCAGUGCUGGAGGAGAGCGACGCCUUCUCUAAGCAAGACCUGCUGAAGAUUCAGAGCGAAAUGCGGGGAGCCAAGAUCUUCAUUGGCAUCAAGAAGCUACUGGCUCUCAUCGACAUGGUGAAACAGACUGACGAACAGUACCGAGUGUUCAAGUUCCUCACCAAAAUGCAGGAGGAAGGGUGCCUAGAUCUCGGCACUACUAUACAAUAAGAGUCAUUGCAACCUUAGGGAUUACAUGCGCAUACCCACACGCCCUCACAAGAUCACACUAAUGCACAUAUCUACUCAUCUAAAACCACUAAAGUUAACGAAUGCACGCCUUGCGCUUCCGAUCUGAAAAGUUACGAGAUCGAUUAUGACGACAUAAGCGAAUGUACGGAGUCUUUGUUAGACAGUUAUCACAAAAAAGGAAGAAAUGCUAAAGGUAACGAACUAUCUCCCUCCAAAAUGCCCCUAAUGAGAAUACGCAGCGUCGAAAUAGUCUUCGAAGAUGAAAUGUCAACGUGUACCGACACGGGACUUUUAGAUCGAAGCAUUGAACUAAUAGCUUCCGAUAGUGACGAUUCUACGAAGUGCGUGGAUGAUUUAGAACAUUUGCAAGUUGAAAGAGACAACGAUUCAGUCACUCUCAACGCUGAACCAGAAUUGUCAGAUGACAAUUCUACUUCAUUGAACAAAGACGUUAUCGAAGAACUUCCGAAAGUUGAAACCCCACAGUUAAGUUUUCAGGAAGUCAAUGUUUCCCACUCUCGAAGCGUGACCUCAAUCACUGAAGUAAAUGAUGACGUCACACUUUCUCUAAAUUUGUCAGACGUAGUAGACUCCGGUCGGUAUACCGAGGACGCGAGUUCAUCACAUUUCGAUUCCAUUCCCGUUAUAACAUACGAAGACGCUUUACUUUCUCAUUCGUUGGAUGUGAUUGACAAGUCGAUGGCUUAUGAUAUCUCAGAAGUGUGUACUAUAAGUACCGAGGGUAAACCCAAGCUGCUGUUUGAGUAUAUCGAUAGUAACAGCGACAGUUCAGACGAUACUGCUGUGUGCGAGGAACCACCCAUGAAAUACUUGUAUCAGAACGUAUUAGACCCCGCCGAUGAAACAAACAUAUGCGAUGGAAAUGAUUUACAAUACGAUUCAUUUAUAGAUAUGGGAAAAUUCUGAAAAUAUACUUAAAUUUUAAGCAUGUUACUCAAAUUGCAAUAUUAUUGCUUCUUUAAUAUAAAUAUUUAUUCAUGUUAUUUACACAUAUGAUACUACUAGUACGUUACUUGCGUAUGCGUAUUUACAUAUUGAGAUUUUAUCGCGAGAUUAUGUAUUAAUCCAUAUUGCACUUUAUGUGUCCGACAUUGUUUUCGUACAAAACGAAUAUUAACCUUUUAUUCUGAGCUAUUCUAACACCUUGUAUACCUUUAUUACACAGCUUUUGCACAGAGGGGGGCUUAGAGGUAUGCGGCUCCCGUGACCAUGUCAUUCCUCACUUGAAAAUACUGAACUAGUGAAUCUUUUGUAUAAUAUAGUUACUUUGUAGACUUUCAAUACCUUCCAGUAGCGAAUAAAGAUGUUUGUAGAUGAACAAUGACAUGGUUACAGAAAUCCCAGGGUUGUAAGUCUAGGCAAUAGCUCAAUUAAUGACAUUGUAUUAUAUUUUUUUAUAUAGCGUGAUUUUAUUUAUUUAUUUGUUAAAUAAAAGGUGAUACAGCUUGAUGCUGUCUAUUGUGUUGAAUACUUAAUAGGAAUAAUUUUAUUAUUAUGUAAUAAUACAAAAAUAGUUGUUUAAGCGAUUGUUGUCAAUAUUAUAGUAUUAUUAACUAUGUAUUUGAAGUUAUGGUAUGGGCUUUUAAUGACUUGCAUUAUUAGCAUUGAGUACAAUUAAAACUAAUGAUAAUUGCUAGGAAUAUGUCGCACAUCGUGUAAAGGGCACAGUCAAUUAAUUGAUCGUUAAAGAUGUGAAUAAUUGUCUGCAAUAUUGCAAUAAUAUUAAUAAAAAAUACAAUUUCCAUGGCAAUGAGUCUCAAAUUAGAGUAUAAUAAAACUUCAUUCAAUGAAUAGCAAAUUGAGUCCUACUAACUAUUAUUAAUAUAAUAUUUUGAGACUAGAAUAUGGUCUCUCCUGAAGGUAAGGUAAGGUAAGGUUAAAUCGAAAUGAAUUGAAUACAAUUAAAUUGGUUAUGUGGCAAACAAUAUAUUGCACACAAAUUUAUGUGAUUUAAAAUAUUAGUAGAAAUAUCGUUAUAAUCUACCUUGUUGCUAUGGAUAUUUAUAGUUGCCAAUUUUUUUUUGCAUUGUUAUGAAUUAAAUGGUGAUAUAACAUUCCAUUUUCACUCAUAACCUCAUGUCAUAUAAAUGGUGAAUGUUAUUGAUCUAAAGAAUAAUUAUUUCGUGUAUCAGAGAUAAGCUUUUAGAUCAUGUUCUAGAACUUAGUAGUGCUUGAAUGUUUUAACUUACAGUUUUAUCUGCUAAACGUGAAGUUGUAAUAAACAGUUAAACAUAGCCACUUGUACAGUAUCAGUUAAACCUGUAAAAAAAGUAAAUUAAAAUAAAUGCUAAUAAUAACCAACAUCUGUGCUGAAACGACACACUUUAUUUUAGUAGAACCACACAAAACUGUUUAUUGUUGCGUUUCAUGUGAAGAAAUUGUAUCUAUAAUAUUUACUCAAAAAAUAAUUAACACCAUACUGUUAUUAUAUUGUUUGUUGGUUGGUAUUGGUACCUUAAGUUUAAUACGAUUCCAAUAUCAGCAAACAAGUGGCUAUGUAGUCAAUGUGUAGGCCUUAAAUCUGUUAAAUAAAAAGAUCAAAUUGAA